CUAUAAAGAACCAUAAUAAGUAAAUGUGGGAAACUAUUUUUGGAAAAUAAGGAUCUUAGACCGUCACAAUUAGUACAUGAUCAAAUUAAUGUAAGCAUGGAGAUAGCUAGCUUUGCUGGCGAGUUUGUGUGUUUAAUAUCCAAUGAAAAAGUGUAGUGUUCUUUGUCCCAGUUUACUGUUUAAAAGUCCAUAUAGGCUAGUCUCGCCACUUUCGGACAGGAACUUCGGGAUCAGGCUCCUAUCCAAAUGAAUGGGGAGAGACCCAUAAGUCCACAUAUGAUUUAUUUAUUCUUCGUAUUGACUUGCUCAGUGCGCAUGCACAAAAUGUCGCUAUUGCUAUGGUAACGGUGGAAACAAACGGACUGUUCAGUGAUUUGUCUCCUCCCUACGUCGCUGGGUUACCUAAACAGUUUCCGGUUCCUGGUUCGAGUGAGUAUUGAGUUUAGGGUGAAUUCUUCUACCUGGAAGUUCUGUUCAGUCGGGUGGUGUGGUCGUUCAGGACGCUGCUGAGCUGAAGGAUGGAUGAGGAGGUGUUGACUGAAGUCCCUCCAGUGGGGGGCGCUGCUGACACGCCGAUGGCAUCAGAGGAUCUUCAGCCUGAGGAGCAGAGAGAGGAAGCUACCCCUCACACACACGUGGAGCAGAGAGAAGAAGCUACCCCUCACACACACGUAGAGCAGAGAGAAGAAACUAGCCCUCACACACACAUGGAGCAGAGAGGGCAGAUCGCGCCUCACACACACGAGGCCACAGAGAAGCCCUCGGAAUCAGGAGCAGCAGCGGAGAGGCUGACUCCUGCUGCCCCCGCCGACCUGGGGCAGAAUGACGCUGGGGGGCAGGCAGAUGGCCCCCCCCAGGAGGAGCAGCCCCCGGAGGACUGGCUGGAGCCGCUGGAUGAGGAUGACUUUGAGGACGAAGACGAGAUGCAGAGCGGCUCUAGAGACGGCAGUGUGAGCGGCAGCAUGCUGGGGGUGGAGCGGAGCGGACGAGGACGGGGGGGCAGGGGGGGACGCAGGCCGCGGCUUCUGGUUGAGGAGGACUGGGACGACUGGCCAGGUCUAGGUCAGGGGUGGAAGCGGAAAGAAGUGUUUCGACGCUCUGGUUGCUAUGCUGGCAAAAGUGACACCUACUACAUGAGCCCCAGUGGAGUUCGCCUGCGGAGCAAGGUUGAGUUGGCCAAGUGUCUGUCUGGCUCCAUGGAUCUGGGGAUGUUUGACUUCAAGUCGGGCCACUUCCUGAGUGAGCAGCCCCCAAGGAAGAGACGGAGAUGGACUAAGCGGAAGGAUGAGCAUUCUCCAUCUCUAGACGCCGGAGUGUCGGACGACUCCAGCCACCCAGCAGACGACUCUCGCUCUCGCUCACCCGACUCCCUGCACAGGGUGCCCCUUGCUGGCCGCUCCAGUGCACUGCAUCAACACGCUCCCCCAUACCCCGACCCGGCCCUGGCUCCACUCAGUCCCCCCUCCAGCCCAGAACCCCCCCACACUGACGACACGGACACUCAGGACUGCAGCACCAAUGGAGACAAGGCAACAGGGGGGCCCCCCUCCAGAGACGGGGUCUGUUGCAAAUGUGGGGGGAGUUUCGCCGCAGUCGCUGUCGGUCAGACGCUUUGCCCCAGGUGUAGAGAGUCAGUAAAAGGCCGGCGGAAUAUUGUCUUCAGGAAGUGGAUCCCCUGUGGUCAGUGCCGGGCCUGUCAGAACCCUGCGGACUGUGGGGUGUGUGCCAGCUGCCGGAGUGCCGUGCACAAUCCUGGCAAAGCUGUCCGAUGCCGCAAACGCAAGUGUCUCUGCCCCAUCCGCAAGGCACCCUUUAGGCAUGAAGCUGCACGGGCAUCACUUUCUUUCACGGGGGCUCCUCUGUCUUUGGGCUCAGAGCGACGCUUGUCUCAGGACAGCGACUCAGACGAGUACCUGCCCUACCAGGAGGAUGAAGACGAGGAUGACGAGGAAGAGUAUGAUGAAGAUGGCGAGCGGAUGAAGCGUAAGCGGCGGACCUGUGGGAAGUGUGAGGGCUGUCGUGUGAUGCGUGACUGCGGGACCUGUGACUUCUGCGUGGACAAGCCCAAGUUCGGCGGCAGCAACAAGAAACGGCAGAAAUGCCGCCGACGGCAGUGCACCCGGCAGGCCAUGAGCCACUUGUUGCCCUUGCAGCUGGGGGAGGCGGAGCUGGCCGCGCUCCAGAGCAGCAGCAGGGGGGGGCUGGGCAGGAAGAGGCGGAGCCACGGCUCCAGAGGGGAGAGAUGGGAGUUUGAGUUCUCCGACAACGAGAACGAGGAGCGCAGCUCACGCCGCUCAGACAGCCGAGUAUCCACGGAGACCAGAGCCUACAAGACUUACACUAGGCAGACCCAGGGUCGGGGAACAGAGGAGCCCAGGAGUCCACGCGUAUCAAACCCCCCCACCCUGAGCACACACCAGACGCCUCUGUCGAGGAGCAGACAGAACGGCUUGUCUAACUCGCUGACUGAGGCCACCAGUGCACCAGUGCUCCGUCCGGAAGCAGCAGAUGUGCGCUGGCAGAUUGUAGCAGAGGGCAGAAAGAGGGAGGAGUCAGUGGCAGACAUCACAGAGGGGCGGAGCUGGAGUGCCAGGGAGACAGAGACGUCCAAUGGGGACGCACUCAGUGGAAUGGAGGAUGAGGAUGAGGACGGCAUCCCCAUGAUCACUCAGAUCUACAGCCUGGCUGACAACGGUGUGGACCUUGACGGGGAGCUGCUGGGCCUCCUGGAGGGUCUGCGGGCGCCGGGGUCGGCACUGCCCGCGCUGUGGCUGGCGGUGCUGGGCGAGGGCCCGGUGCUGCGGCUGCUGCAGUGCCUGAAAAGCUCCCCCAUGGCCGACACCGUGGUGCGCAUCGGCCCGGGCCUGGGCUUCAGCGUCAGCGUGCAGGAGCACCCCCUGGUGCCCACGCACCCGCUCUACGCCCAGCACCCGCCACGCAUGCGCUCCCAGCAGGACGUGCUGGCGCUGCUCCGGGACCUGGAGGGCCACGCCGUGUGCCAGGGCCUCCGCUCGCACGCCUCCGCACCGCCCGACGAGCCGCUCGUCAACGUCAGGGUCGCCACCUGCGACUUCCUCGUGCCCCGCAGCCGGGUCAGGUGCAGCAAGUGCCGCUACCCUGUGGAGAAAACCUGAACACACACGCACACACACACACACACACGCACACGCACACGCACACACACACACACACACACACACACGCACGC